AUGGAAACAACAGCUACUGUCAACGAUGAGUGUGAAUCGGGAACCGAGAAGACAGAUGCCCACAUUGUGAAUGUUUCCGGCAAAGCAGGCAUGAAACCGAGCGACCUGCCGCUGCCUGCUUCUCCACCAAUCGACUGUCAAUUCACCGACUUCUCCAACCUCCUUGGGAUCAAUGUUCAUUCCGAAGAGAAUAUCGCUGUAGACAAUGCGGAGCCCGGAACAUACUGCCAUGUUGCCCCGGAUGAGGAUCUUUACGGAUGGGACGCUGAACUCGACCGGCAGAGUAAGCAAAGCAGUCCCCCUUUGCCCUGCCAGUACGAUCACGAAUACCAAUACCGACGAACGAGUUUGACAAAACGCAGCCUCUUGCACCGGGUUUUCAGCAUGGGGCCUAUACCCAAGGACAUCGACAUCGAGGUUCGUCGCGCAAGCAGCACCUCUAGUUAA